AUGAUAAAUUGGGCGAAAAGAGCUGGUUUGGAAAAUGGUAUUGUGGUAGUGAUUAAAACAUCUGCUAAUUUAAAAGGCGGUAAGUUGCCAAAGUGUCAUUUAAUGUGUGAAAGAGGAGGAAAAUACAAACUGCCACGGUAUUUUGUCGAUGGGCAAUCCUUUAAAAGGAAUACAGGGACAAAAAAAUGUGAAUGCCCAUUCGAGCUGCGAGGUGUACCAAUACCUCCAGAAGGUGUGAUGUGGCAUUUAAGGGUUGUAUGUGGUUUCCAUAACCAUCAAUUAGCAGAAUCUAUGUAUGGUCAUGAGUACCCGUCUAGGUUAAAACCAAUGGAGCUACAGUUUGUGCUUGACAUGGCCAAUAGCACCGCACCUCGUGAAGUUCUUAAUAUAUUGAAACAAAGAGACCCGUCAAACACUACAGGGAUCAAAACCAUUUACAAUGCCAUUUUCACAAAUAAAUCUGCCAAACGGGCCGGCCUAAAUCAAGUCCAGUAUGUCUUGGAGCAGUUAAUUAAAAAAAAUUACCUCCAUGAUUACCGUACAAAUCCAGACACCAAUGAAAUUACGGAUAUUAUUUGGGUUCACCCUAAAAGUCUGUUACUUUUUGUCAAUUGUCCAUCCGUGUUGAUCAUUGAUGCCACAUAUAAGACCAAUGAGUAUCGGUCACCACUAUUGGAGGUUGUGGGUAUCACAUCCACAAUGCGAACUUACUCGCUUAUGUUCGCAUAUCUAAGCAAUGAAAGGGAAGAGCAACUAACAUGGUCAUUAGGUACCUUAAAAAAGUGGAUGCUUGAAAAGGGGACAUUGUUGCCAUCAGUGUUUGUUUCCGAUCGGGAUAUGGCGCUCAUUAAUGCCAUUGAAAUAUGUUUUCCUACGGCACGUCACAUCCUCUGUAUUUGGCACAUAAACCAGUGCGUAAUGAAAAAAUGUAGGCCUAUGCUUGGUCUAAAGUGGAACAAGUUUAAUGCGUCAUGGCACUCGCUCAUUAAUUCAUCCACACAGUGGUCUUACCAUCAUAAGUGGAAAGUCAUGCGCGAGGAGUACAGACGAUUCCAGGGUGCCCUAAAUUACCUUUGGGAGACAUGGUUACACUCUUACAAAGAGCGAUUUGUUUCAGCAUGGAUUGAUACAUGUAUGCACCUCGGGAGUAAUUCAAGUCAAAGGGCGGAAGGGGCACAUGCGAGACUUAAAAUGUAUUUGGGGGAUACCAUGUCAUCCCUGGAAACAUCUUUUAUAAAAAUACAUAAGAUGUUAACAAAUCAGUUUGGGGAAAUUCAAAAGUCGUUCGAGAGAUCUCUCAACAUUCCACGCCAUACACAUUUACAUGACAACAUUUUUUAUCAAGUAAGGUGUCGAAUUUCACUACAGGCAAUGGAGUUUAUUAAUGCUGAGCUGAAAUGCGCCGAGGAAGCAUCUCACCAACUAGCUGGCAAAUGCAACUGUUCAAUUAAAACAAUAUACGGAUUGCCUUGCAAGCAUGAUCUUGCACAUUAUCGUUUCCUUUCCAUUCCAAUUCCAAUACAAAGUAUCAACGCUCAUUGGAGGAGGUUGUCUAUGAACGGUCAUGAAUACCAUGACGACGGAGCACGAGCUAACAGGACAUCUAAAGUUGUUGAGAUAUUAGAUGGGAUGGAUCCACAAAUGCGAGAGCAAAUGAUAGAUCGAUUUUUUAAUAUUGCGGAUCCAUCUCAAAGUACAGUUCGAGCCCCUUCGUACAAUACAGAACAUAGAGGUCGACCUACAGGAAAAGAUGAGCAGAGCAAACGUCGCAUACCUUCUUUUGUUGAUAUAUCCACUUCAAGUUCUAGGGCCACUCAAACGAAUGCAACGUCUCGAAAGAGAGGACGUGGGAGGGGGUCGGGGGUUCGCAAUACUCUGUCGACCCAUGAUCACCCUCCCCGUUUCACCCUUCCGUGA